AUGCCGAUGAACAUGGAAUAUUCAUGUGUUCAAUUGAUUGAUUUACCUGAUGAAAUUCUUAUGAUUAUCUUAAAAAAAUUGAGCAAUGUUCUAGUACUUUACUCUUUAAUAGGCGUUAAUAAACGACUCAAUACAAUUGUAUGUGAUUCAACUUUUACAAGUCAUUUAACAUUGAUGAGAUACUUCUCAGAUGAUUGCAUCUAUCCAUUACCAGAUCCUAUGCUUGGUCGAUUUUUACAAAUUUUACCUGAAAUUCAUCAUAAUAUCAAAUGGCUUAAUCUUGAAUCAUCAUCUAUGGAACGUAUUCUUCUUGCUACAAAUUAUCCCAACUUAUAUGGACUUGGUUUAUAUAAAAUCGAUAUAGAAACAGCUGUAUCUCUCUUUAUUGACAAUUCUUCUUGGAUUCCUAUUUUAAAAAAUCAAAUUUCAUCGCUCUUUAUUGAUACUAUUAAAUAUAAAGAUUGCUAUCAAAAAAAUAUACAUAUACGCAUAUUGUCACAUAUAUUUAUUACGUUCACUAAUUUAAAACAUUUAAAUUUCUGUCCAUGUAUAUGUGGAACCCAACAAUCAUUCAUUGAUAUAUUACCUUUAAGUGUUAUGUCUUCAACUCUCUUAGAACUGUAUAUAACUAUAGAACGUUUCGAUUAUUGUCUUUAUUUACUUGAUGGACGUGUCAAUCAACUUCGUUUACUUCAUGUUAAUAUUGAUUACAUUUCCUCUUCGAAUUUUGCAGUUAAUAAUAAGGAAAAACUAUUUAAUUUAAGAUUCUUUUUGCUACACUGUAGAUGUUCUACAAGUGUUUAUGAUGAAUUAAUUCUACCACUUCUACAUCGAAUGCCGAAUUUAGAAGAACUUGAUUUGUAUCUUAUAGUUAAUUGUAAAACAGAAUUUAUUGAUGGGAAUAAUUUGAAGAAUAAUAUAUUUAAUCAUAUGCCACGAUUAAAUCAAUUGACAUUUAAUAUUCGUUCAAUUAUUUCUCAUCGUAAUAAAAUUAAUUUACCAUCCAAUGAAGAUAUUCAACAUACAUUCAGAGAUUUUACAGAUAAUAAGAUUAUUUCUUGUGUUGAUUAUUUCCCAGAAAACAAAUAUAGUCACUGUCAUAUUUAUUCAUAUCCAUAUAAAUUAAAACAUUACAAUGAAAUAACAAAUAAUUUUCCAGGAGGUUUAUUUAAAUAUGUUCAUGAAAUAUCAUUAUUUGAUGAACGUCCAUUUGAACAUGAAUUUUUUUAUCGAAUUGCUGAAUCAUUUCCACUGUUGGAAGAAUUAACUGUAAUUAAUAAAAAGCCACAAAAUUGUAAACGAUAUAUAAAAACAGAAAAUGACAAUCAAGAUUUAUCAAUCAUUAAAUAUCCUCAUCUUAACAAACUUUUUCUUAAUGAAGCUCAUGAUGAUUAUGUGGAAGAAUUUUUAAUUGAUACCAAAGUGUGUUUGCCAAAUAAUGUUUGUCUUUUUGUUAAGUAUGAAUCUUUAGAAAGUGUAACAUACAAUUUUACAAGAAAUGCAACACGAUUGAAUUGUGCAAAAGUGAAUUAUAUGUGUACAAAAUUGGACUAUUUGACGAACAGAGAUUUUCAAUUUCCAAAACAUUUCAAAGACUAUUUUCUUCAUGUAGAUUUAUCAUGA